AGACACAAGAAAGGUGGCAGGGUCCGCCACAUAUCAACAAAGUAAAGCAGUAUAAAUUGUGCUUGCCUUUAAGUUUGUCUAUUCAGAUAUUUCAGUCAUGAAAACAAAGAGAGUUUGAUUAUUGAGUUUGUUUAGGCAUUAAAAAUCAGCCAAUGAAGAUCUUUCUCUGCUCAUUAAAAUGUGAAGUGGGAGGUUAACACAGGCUAUUGUCACUCAGUCCAUAGGAUUAGUUGUAUUCCAUCACAAGUUGUUCACUUUUCUAAACUCCGUUUCCUGCUUUUAAUACCUGCUUCAGUCACCGUUAACCGGUGUCGUUCUCCGUUCUGCGCAUGUCCUCUGCUGUCCAUAUGCAUGACUGAGAGAGAGAGAGAGAGCGAGAGAGAGAGAGAGAGAGAGAGAGGACCGGGGAUCCAUGGAGCAUAUCACAGCACCAGUGUUUUCCAAGUAUUCUUGUCCACGAUGCACUUUAGGAUUUCAAUAAGAUGCGUGUGUGUUUCCAGAUAAUCAGUUUCUUCGUCGCCGUGAACUUUUACAGCCAGCCGCUUCGAGCUCAGGAUCCCUCCUGUUGCCACCAUGCUGCCGAGUUCUCGCCUUGCAAAGAAGCUUGUGACCAGCUCGCUACUAUAAAGAGUGAGUCUCGUCUGAAGCAUCUCCUCCAGAGGUUACCGGGUUACUGUCCAGAGUCCAUGAAUGAACUGUGGAUGUGCAUCAACUCUACACUUCCAGGAGUGUCCAGGAAGUCAGACGGCUGGGUGGGGCUGGGCUGCUGCGAGCUGGCGAUCUCAGCUGAGUGUCGCAGGGAAUGCAGACAGGCAUCAUCUAAAAAUGACAUAACAAAAGUAUGCAAAAAGGUCACAGAGAACUCCCUCUACAGCUGCAUCACCAAAAAUGAAAUGGGCUCCACAUGCUGCAGCUAUGCAGGUCGUCACACCACCUGCAGAGAGUACUGCCAGGCCAUCUUCAGGACAGACUCAACCCCCACCGUGUCCCAGAUCAAUGCCGUCAAAGAGUACUGUCAGAGUCACAGCGCUCAGCUGCUCAGCUGCGUCAGCAACUUCACCAAGUCCUACCCCAUACGGAGCCCCAUAGACAGUCUGUACUGCUGUGAUCGGGCAGAGGCUACCCACUGCCAGGUGGCUUGCCGGCGAAUCCUUCGCACCAUGAGCACAGAGCAUGAGAUCAUGGAGGGUUUGAUCAGCGAGUGUGGCUCCCAGCCUCUCCCUCAGGAACCUAUGUGGCAGUGCUUUCUGGGCAGCGCCCACCCUCCUCCCCCACCCGAAGAGGAGACCCCCCAUCCUGCAAAGAUGGACUGUGCCAAGCUGCACUGCUGCUCCAAGGCUAACACCUCACAUUGCAGGGACAUGUGUCAGGAGAUUAGCACCAACUGGGGAGGCCAGACAUGGCAGGACUUUGACCAGCUGUGUGAGUACAGCCUAGUGGAAACGGAGCUCAUCAACUGCCUGGCGGAUGUCAGAGAGCCCUGCCAGCUGGGCUGCAAGGAUCUUUCCUACUGCACCAACUUCAACAACAGGCCAACAGAGCUGUUCCGCAGCUGUAAUGUCCAGUCAGACCAGGGCGCCAUGAACGACAUCAAGCUGUGGUCCAAUGGCACAAUCAAGAUGCCCUUCAUGCACAUACCUGUGCUGGACAUCAGGAAGUGCCUGCCAGAUAUGUGGAAGGCUGUGGCCUGCUCCCUGCAGAUCAAACCCUGCCACAGCAAGUCCAGAGGGAGCGUCAUAUGCAAGUCAGAUUGUGUGGACAUCCUGACCCAGUGUGGAGACAGGAAGCGUUUCCAUGAAGGACAAACUGCAGAGAGAAUCUGUAGCCAGCUGUCGCCUAUCGAUGACCCUGAGCGCUGCAUUCCUCUCCACAGAUACCUCUCCCCCAGUCCCCUAGGCCGCAGUGUCGUUGAGGAGGUCAUCCAUCCAUGCAACCCCAACCCCUGCCCCAGCAACCACUUAUGUCAGGUGAACAGGAAAGGCUGCCUUGAUGAACUCAACUGUCAGCCAUACCUCUGCGUGCCAGGCUGUAAACUGGGCGAGGCCUCAGAGUUUCUGGUGCAGCAGGAUGCUCGUAUCCAGGUGCCGACUCGUACCGGUCCUGCUGGGUGCUACGAGGUCUGCAGCUGUGGCCCGAGCGGACGUCUGGAGAACUGCGUGGAGAUGCCCUGCGUGGACACCAACAAGCCCUGCAUUGUAGAAGGACAGAGGAAGAACCAUGGGACAUCUUUUAAGAAGGAUUGUCACACCUGUUCCUGCUUCGCCGGUGACACCAUCUGCUCCUCCAGGGAAUGUCUCAGCUACGACAGCUCUGAUGAGAACCGCCGACACUUUACAGGUCUUCCCUGUAGUUGUCCAGACCGCUUCGUACCAGUAUGUGCCUCGAAUGGGCGGACCUAUCCCAGCGCCUGUGUUGCUCGCUGUAUGGGAUUCAAGGACCAUCAGUUUGUCUAUGGCUUGUGCCGUCUCAGUAACCCUUGCACCAACAAACCCUGCCAGAGAAACCAGAGGUGCAUCCCAAAGUAUCGUGUGUGCCUGAGUGACUCGUCAGACUGCCCACAGUACGAGUGUGUUGGCCGGCCGGCAGCCUGUGAUAAGAACAGUGUGGAGCCAGCCUGCGAUACAGACGGACUGGUCCACCCCAGUCUGUGCCAGCUGCAGCAGGCUGGGAAAACCCUGGCCUACAUGGGCCACUGCCAGGAUGCCUGUAGGAAGCCUCAGCAGGUUUGUGGUCAUAAUGGUGAGACUUACAACACAGUGUGUGAUGCCUUCUCUGACCGUGUGGCCGUGGACUACGAGGGCCCCUGCCAUGCUGUGGGGGCCGUGUCUGAUGUGGCCUCUGACACUGCAUGCAGUGUGAUUCCCUGUCCACCUUUGUCCACCGCAGGCUGCUGGCCUGUCACCCCACCUGGAGCCUGUUGUCCGAUAUGUGCCAGCAUGCUGCAGAUCCUGUGGAAUAAAGAGCAGAUGAAUGCAUUCUCUAAGUUGAAUAAGAACCAGCCGGUGACGGUUCACGACGUCCUACAGAUCCUGAGGCUUCAUGUCUCAGUGCCACAGUGCGAUGUCUUUGGCUACCUGAGCAUCGACCAUGAGCUGGUGGUCCUCAUCGCUCCAGUGGACCAGCAGCCAACACCACUGCAGAUCGAGGCCUGCAGUAAGGAGGCAGAGAAGAUCGACUCCCUCAUCAACUACGCCAGCCCCACACUGGUCUCCCAUGUCCCCCUCUCUGCCUUCCUCAACUCUGAGAUCAAGACCUCCUCCAUCCACUCGUCUGGAGGCUCUCCGCCCUCGCCUCUGCCCCCCGGCCUGUGCUUUCUCCUGGGCCUCCUCAUCACCGCAGCCCCUGUCUUCAGCCACCUCUAAGUGUUAAUUGACCCUAACCAGCCUCCCCCACCAACUCUUAAGUGUUCCAAAGUUCCCCCCUCUUCCUGGGAUGACAGGGGUGUCAUGAGGUGAGUGUGUUGGGGCAGUCGUGGAGCAGCAAGAAGCAGCAGCAACGUCUUUUGACAAUCAUUACCAUUGACUCACCUGCGUGUCAAACAAUCAAGCGGUGGAAAAGCUUCUAAUGUGGAAAGCUUUUGUGUGAACAGUGUAAUCAGUGGACGAGUUCCAGAUUUGUGCUAAAAGCGUGUGUGUGUGUGUGUGUGUGUGUGUGUGUGUGUGUGUGUCUGUGACCUUUAAGAAGCUUUUGACUUCAUACCAGCAGUGCUUAUCCAUCAGUCCCUUCAGCAAGCUCUCCUCCGGAAGCUGUUAAAUGGGAAUAUAAAAUUCAUGACUCACUCCGUCUGAGGUUUUGUGUGUGUGGUUGUGUUUAUGUGUGUGUGUGUCCGAUUGGAUGCUGGAGACAGACAAGGACAAAACAUCCCAGUCUGGCAGCACAUCUGUCCGACAAAUUACCCAAGAUUCCCUCUGUCAUACAGAUACACUUUGACGCAUUCUCACACACAAAGACAGAUGUCUCUAAAUCUAGACUUCUCCGGAGUCUGAUCAGCAUUUAGGUAAUACUUAUCAAGUCUCUAUAAUGAGACUAUACUGUCACAGUGCAUCAUGUACAUACAUGUGAGGUGUAUAUGGACCUAGUGUUUGAACCUCUAACCUCAGCAGUAUUAGUGCCAUGCUCAUGGACUGAGCCAGCUCAGAUGAAACUAAUCCAGCCUCCAAAGUCGGUUGUAACUACUGACCAAAGUGUCCAAAAGUCAGUCAAAAAGAUUAGCAUUAAGGGAGUCCAGGUUCUGUUGUGUUUCCGACAGCAGUGUAGUGGAGCAGAUCAGAGGUGAAAAGAUGAUUAAAGAUCUAAAACCAUCUUUGAUAACAGUUAUUACAUUAAGAUUUUCUCCUUAACAACCCUGGUAACACUUUAUCUGAUGUGGUGUUCAUAAAGCUUCAUAGUAUGUAAGAACAUUCCAAGCUCAUAAACAACUAGAAGAACGAAAAGGAGAUGAUAUGCUGGUGCCAACAUGACACAACCAAGACCACCAGGAUUCCAAACAAGAUUCAUAUUGAAGCAGUUGUUGAUCACUUGUGGAGAUUACACAAAAGAGCAUUUUAAAGGUGUAGGUCACCUCAAAACGAAAAUUAAGUCAUUGGCUCACCCUCAUGCACAUGGAAAGUUGGGUGAAGUUGUCCACAAAACAUUUCUGGAGCUUCACAGCAAAACAGACGUGCAGAUUUGGAAAGAUGUUAUUAACACCCCAAAUGAGCAACUGAGCUUGUGGCCUCACAUUUGAAGGGGGGUUCUCAAGUCUUAAUGAGACUUGGAUUAAGCCUCACAAGCAUUUUAACGAGUGACACUAAAUAUUUUUACAGAACCUUCGAAAAACUGUUUUGGCCACAGGUAUUUUAAUCCAAAGAGGAGAUUUCCCUGACCCUAACCAAGUGCUUUUCGUGCCUGAACAUAACCAGAAUAUUGGCAUAGUUUUGUCACACGAUAACAUUUUUCAGAUUUAUCACACGCUCAUGCAGCUGCCAGUCAGGACUGUAAUCAAAACUCUGCCCAGUGGUACACUGAACAGUGCUUCAAAAGCUGACGGUCAUGUGCCGAGAGCACCGAUGUGCUCCAGUGUGUUGUCUGGAAAUCAAAUCCAGCUGACAAAGGAAAAUGUGCAUUUGGUUGAUUGUGCCUGGAGAAGAUUGUUGUUCAGAUGCUUGAAUCCCAGAGCAUGUAGUCUUCUUUAAUGCCACAAGAGAAUUAGUCUCUGCCUGCAGCUUCAUAACACAGAACAUUUUUUAAGACAGAAAUAAAGGUGUUCACUCAGCUGGAUCACCCAUCUCUACGUUCACAGCUCUGCAAGUUAUUUUUAUCACGUACUCAAGUGAAGUGAAACGAACCGCUUUGUAGAAGAGAGGAAACCAUUUGAAGUAAACUUACUGUGUGUUUUGGAAAGCAGUUGUCAGGAAUUUUAAUGAGCCUAUGUAUUAUUUUUAGUCAAAGGGGUAACAUUGCAACAGUAGACGGCUGUUGUCAAGAACUUACAAGAGAAAAAAAGAGGUCGGGAAUCGAUGCAGCAGACACCAAAUCAUACUGACAGCUUUUGGUGUCAUAUCCCAUAAUGCAACUUGAUAGACUUUUACUAAAUCUGAAUAGCCGAUAACACCAGCAUCUUUGCCUCAUCCAUGCACCUCCAAGCCCAUAACCCUGAUGACAACAGCAAGAUGUCAUGUGGGUUCUUUACCGUUCCCACAGUACUCUCGCUGACUAGUACACUGACUAUAAGAAUCAGUGAAGUUUCUGUUCAGUGGGCCAAAAUAUGUCAAAUCAUUGUACUUCUUCUUACUUGUUGAUAUAUCAACUAUCUUUGCACCACUUCUAAUAAAGUGUUACCAAGAUGUUCUCCAAAACAGGUGAAGGGUCACGCUGAUGUGAAACAGCAGACAAGCCUGGAUCAGUGCUCCCUUUGUGUGAGGCCAGUAGCUCUGAAAGCAUUAAAAGGGAUGCUUCAUGUCUGUACAGAUGAACUAGAAGCCAUUUUUAUUACUAAAGGACAAUCAACUGGUCACUACCCACAAUCCAUUCUGGGUAAAGAAGGUUACCACAGUAUGCCUUGCAUAUAGUGUCUUACAUGAAGUAAUAAUGAAAAUGCAAUAACUUUAUAUUUGUUAAGAAUUGUCUCUAUAUUUGAUAUGUAUCUGAUGAUGGAUUCAGAAAGUGUUCACCUAUGUGCCAUGUUUUUUAAACCAAUAGCUGUUAUUCUCUAUUGCAUGAUGACAAUUAUGAAGUGUUUUUACUCCAGAAUGUAUUAUAGUGUGUCUUGUUCUGUCUCUGUGUGUUUGCCUACCUGCCUGUAUAGCACAAUGUGUCCCCGUCUCUAACAGUAUUACUGUGCUAGGCAGCUCUGUAGCAGGGAACCAUCACCACGGCUCCUCCAUCUAUUAUCAUUAUUAUCAUUAUUAUUAUUAAUAUGAAUAUGGUUAUUGUUACGUUUGUGUCCUCCGUUACUGGUUACUUUUCAAGAUUUGUGUUUCUUCAGUGAAUUAUUUUGUUUGCAUAUCACAUUAGCAAAAACUAAAGAAGAAAGAGUUCAAAGGUACAGAUUGAGUCUGAAAUGUUAUUUCAACAUUUUGAAAAGUAUGAGAUGAGAGGAUAUGGAAGAGGAUUUAGACCACGUUAAAAAAAUACUGGAGUCCUGAGGGAAAAGUAAGAGUUCUGAAUUCAAAGUCAGAAAUAUAAGGGAAAAAGUAUGAAUACUGAGAAAACAAACCAGACAUCUGACUUCAAACAAAGAAUUCUGACUUUUAUGUCACAACUAAAAUGUUCACAUGUGGCCCUAUCCUCUUCCAAAGGCUCGACUUCUAUCAAUGGGUUUGUGCUCAGUGCAGAGCUGGAAUCGAGACAUUGUUGGCUUAGCCUCAACACUGGAAGCAGGGGUAAACGGCUAGCCUGACCCUGUCGGAUGGGUGUUUCAUGUUGGUUUCAAAACUGGCUCUAAAGGUUUUGGUGUUUUUCAUGGCCACUGUUGGUUCUCCUACACGUGGAAGGGAAGGGUGAGCUGUACUCAGCCAGUUGCCAUCUGCAAUAUUAUCGCUAAAUGCUACUAACUCUUACAUACUGAGCGUAUUAGUAGUAGUUACAGUGUGACAUGCGAUCUCUAUUGAUAGGUUUCUAAUGUACAUAUCUAGUGAACAAGACAUGUUACAUAAUGUUAACAUGACUUUUUUUAAAAAAAUUUUAUUACAAAGACCUGACCACCAAACUCUGUAUAUGCUGGGUGUUACAUGAAGUGUAACUGGACUGUGGCAGUUUCAUUGAGGGGUUGAGCAUUCAGUCGAUCUGUUGCAGUUGUUGUAGGUGAAUUUUAUAUCUUUGGACAGAGCCAGGAUGAAUGUUUCCACUUCCAGCCUUUAUGCUAAACUAAUCUGCACCCCGAUUCCAGCUCCCUAUGUAACACACAGACUGAUCUUCUCAUCUCACCCCCAGGAAGGAAGCUAAUCAACACAUUUCCCAAAAUGUUAUUACAUUAUGACUUUUUGUGUGUUUUAGAAUUAAGUUGGCAGCCCUCUGGAGCCUGAGAGGAACAGUAUUUUUAGCAGGAAGACUGUAUUUCCUGUCUUGCAAUAUGAUGUAAAAGCAGUGUUAGGGAGUGUCGUUGAACAAUCAGCUGUUCUGAGCAGAUAAACCCCUCGGGCAGGCUGGAGGAGUCAGUCCUAUCAGCUGAGAUGUUGUCAGUCAUACUGUGGGUUUCAGUUACAUUAUUUGUUGCUUUGGUUUGAUUUGAUUACCAAAUUGUCUCUGUUUGUAAGAGUCAUGGAGUGUUGUUUUUUUUUUUUUUUAUUUUAUUUUCACUGUGUUUGACUCUUUAUAAGUGCCAUGAAUUAAAACAAAGGAUUGGAAGAAAGUCAACAGGAUGCAUAUAAAAAAAGAAAAAGUAAUACCAGGACCAAAAAUGUGUUGUUGUGUUUUUUUUGUUUUUUUGUUUUUUAUGUGUUCUAGCUCAGCAUUCACACCUGAAUAUAAAUACCACAAACAUGAAGCGCUACUGGAAACCUAAAGAAGGGAUACUGCCUUCGAAUCAGAAUCAUUGUCUGAUCUGACAACAGUUCAGCAAUUGUAUCAGUAACUAGCGUAUUUGCAGACUGACAUAAAGGCUGGACAGGAACUGUAAGACCGGCUUUAAAAUAUAAGGUGAGACAUCCAUCUUUCAUCAAUCUAGACACGAACACAACCUCCUCAGAUUCUGUCGGCACAUCAGGUGUAAAUCCGGUCUGUGCUGCACAGUGAUUAAAGUUAUGUGUCAGAGUGAGAUAACAAGGAUCAUACAGGGGUUGUGAACACAAACAUAUUGUG